AUGGACACCUCCUACCUGUCGCAGCAGGUCACCACCAUCAUCGAGCGACUGCACGGCUUCUUCGACGAGAUAGGCGUCGCCAGCCAUGAGCGGGACUCGCGGGAGUCGGAGCUCUUCUCCGCCCUCUCAGAGACCCUCCAUAACCAACUCAACAUCGUCGCAAAGGAGAAACAUGACCUUACCGAAGAGGCCCAGCGCCUCAUCAAGACCAUCCGCCAGAUGGAGCGAUCGCUAGACGACUCGGGACCCGACGACGACUAUGAAUCUGAACGCGAUGGUCUCAAGGUCUCUUUCCCGCUUCUGGACUGCAUACAACAUCUCAAGGACAAGCAUCAUACCAUCUCGAAGCUGCAUCGCGAGCGCUACGAGCAGGUCAAGAAGCUGGUCGAGGCGCUGGAGUCGUAUGCUUCACAUCUGGAGCCUUCGUUUGUUUCCAUCAAGCUGCCCCCGACCUCUCCGAACGCCAAGGUACCGCCGAACUUCGACUUGUCGCCUACGUACGUCGGCAAGCUGGAUAACGAAUUCACAAGAGUGUACGAAGAGUACAACAGGCGUAUUUCGACUGUGGGCCAGAUUGCGGACGAGAUCAUCAACCUCUGGUCGGAGCUCGGCACACCACAGGCGCAAGUCGAAAGCCACAUCGUACAGUACGCGCGCGAGUCGCCGGAGCAGCUGGGUCUGCAUGCGGAUGACCUGAAGCGCCUGACUUCGAAGCGCGACAAGCUGGUGUCUGAGAAGUCUCAGCGCGAGCGCAGAUUGAAGGAGCUACGGACGAACAUCGAAGGACUGUGGGACCGUCUCGGGAUUGAAGCGUCAGAGCGCAAGCAAUUCCUAUCUGCCAACCGUGGCUGCGGACUGAGGACGAUCAACGAGUUCGAAGAUGAGCUUAGCAGGCUGAACGAGCUGAAGAGGCAGAACCUACAUCUCUUUGUUGAAGAUGCGCGCUUCAAGCUGCAAGAGCUGUGGGACAACCUAUACUUCUCUGAAGAGGAGAUGCUGGACUUUGCGCCUGCAUUUUCGGACGUCUAUUCGGACGCACUUCUGUCAGCACACGAGCAGGAAAUUACACGCCUGGAGACUUUGAAAGAACAGCGCGCACCAAUCUUGGCUGCUGUCGACAAACACAGGAGUCUUAUCAAGGAUCGCGAUGACCUAGAGAAGAGCAGUCUGGAUGCGAGUCGGUUGAUGGCCAAGGGUCCUGUGAAAGGAGAGAAGCGUGACCCGGGCAAGUUGCUGAGAGAAGAGAAGAUGCGGAAGCGCAUUGCGAAGGACCUGCCGAAGGUUGAAGCAGAUCUGAGGAAGACCCUUGAGGCGUGGGAAGAUGAAUACGGCCGGCCUUUCUGUGUACAUGGCGAGCGGUAUCUGGACGAGCUGGAGAUGAACCAGGCGAAGGCGAAGGCACCACCCGCCAGAAGCAAGACUCCGAAUGCUCUUCAACCCGCGAGAGAGGCGCCGAAGAGUGCUGGAAAAUCACAGCCUCCUAGCAGGAAUGGCACUGUCAGAGGUGCGCCGCCACCCAGAAGCAAGACGCCCACAGCGAUGGCUGGCCGGAACCCAAUGGCAGCCUCCACCAUGUCCAGCUCUGUGAUGGGAUCGUCCAUGUCCAGCAGUCAGAGGACCAGCCCAUCGAAAAUUCCUGGCGCAUCCCGCUUACCGAUGAGCACACUACGAGAUGGCAACAACUCACCCGAACGCCGCCUGAACGGCGCAAAGAGCCACGCAGACCUCAGCAAGACCGUCCGCGGCGGCAUGGGACCACCUAAAGCCCCGCCGCCAAAGAUGAAAGACCUCUUCGUCCCGCCCACCCCAACCCACGAGCAAGAGAACCCACACGAACUCGAACGCAGCGCCAGCGUCGUCCGCCACGUCGAACCCGAAGACCCGUACGAUGACCGCCACCACCAGUCCCGCCCUUACCAACACCAUCAAUCCCACCACCAGCAAAUGCACUCCUCUACCAUGGGCCCACCUCCUCCCAUCCAACGACCCACCUACCCCCGCUCUGACGCCUCCUACACCACCACCUCCUCCGGCCGCCCGCUCAGCCGCUCCGACUACCCUCGCGCCCCGCCCUCGCGCCAGACCAGCAACACUUCCUCAUUAAUGUCCGGUAGCGUCGCCUCGGGAGUGAGUGGCAGCGAGAACUGGGAGACGUACACGGACCAGAGCGAUGCGGAGGAGGCGGAUGCGACGGAGGCUUAUUGGGCGAAGGUUAAGGCGCAGCAGGGGAGGGAGUACCACGGGCAGGCUCACGGGCACGGGUAUGCGCAGGGCUAUGCCCAGGGCGCAAAGAGGCCGGCGCCGAUGGGAGGGAGGAUGGGGGAGAUGAAGAGGGUGCGGGAGGAGAGCGAGAGGGAGGGGAGUGAGGCGUGGACGGAUGAGGGGGAUGUGGGGGAUACUUAUUGA